GUCCGACUGGACUGUGGGGAUGGCAGGGCUGGAGUAAAUAAACUUAUGUUUCUGUGCUCUGUGGAUAUAACGAGGACGACGCAGAAGGCCAAGGGAUUUAAUGUCUGUAAGACAGGUUGUAGUGGAGAAAGAAAUGAGGUUGAGAAGCUGCUGGGGCGACUAUUUGAGGAGAACCAUGUUAGCUGCGCAGGGAAGCAGUGGGAGCAGGCUGCUGCUAGCUAGCUAGCCGCUAGCCCACAGAGGCUAACAGCUGAACGGCGGCUACAAGCUAACAGCUAAACCGGCGUCUAGCCGGGAAAUCCUGAUGGGAGAUUCACAGGUGGUCAAGAGAGAAUGCUCAAGAUUCGAAGGGGAAAAGCACAGUCAGAGCUCCAGUGGGACACUUGCUAAGACAGGGGGCUAGAGGUUAGCCGGAGGACGCUAACAGCUGUGAGGCGACCCCUUUAAAUCUGCACUCAGACAUCCAGCAGUCAUCCACCAGUCCCAGAGGAGACGAGCUGCUUCUUCUUCUAACAGCAUCAUCUUUACCCCUUUAAAUCUGCACUCAGACAUCUAGCAGUCAUCCACCAGUCCCAGAGGAGACGAGUUUCUUCUUCUUACAGCAUCAUCUUUUGACAACAUGUGGAAACCAACUCUUACUGCAGGUCUCUGCUUGAUCCUUGCCAGCUUGGAUUUGUCGGGUCUUAUUCCAGCUGUAACAGCAAGAGCUCUGAGAAGAAACACACACUGUGAUGACAACCAAGACUUCUGUGUUGGAAUGACAGACGGGAAUUAUGCCAACCUGAUGAAGCCAGAGUGCUUUUACCAGUGUGUUGGUGGACUCACCUACAGCCAACUAUGUCAACAAGGUCUGGUUUAUGUAAAACUCUCAAAUAGAUGUGAUUAUAACACUUCAGUACCCACCCCAACAGCCACUAACACAACAUCCAAAACUGCUCUGACCACCCCUACUUGUGAUGUAGACCCUAAAUUCUGUGAAGGAAAGAGAGAUGGGAAUUAUGUGAACCCCAAGAGCCCAGAAUGCUUUUACCAGUGUGUUGGUGGACUCACCUACAGCCAAUUAUGUCAACAAGGUCUGGUUUAUGUAAAACACUCAGAUAGAUGUGAUUAUAACACUUCAGUACCCACCCCAACAGCCACUAACACAACAUCCAAAACUGCUCUGACCACCCCUACUUGUGAUGUAGACCCUCAUUUUUGUGAUGAAAAGAGCAAUGGGAAUUAUGUGAACCCCACAACCCCAGAAUGCUUUUACCAGUGUGUUGGUGGACUCACCUACAGCCAAUUAUGUCAACAAGGUCUGGUUUAUGUAAAACACUCAGAUAGAUGUGAUUAUAACACUUCAGUACCCACCCCAACAGCCACUAACACAACAUCCAAAACUGCUCUGACCACCCCUACUUAUGAUGUAGACCCUCAUUUUUGUGAUGAAAAGAGCAAUGGGAAUUAUGUGAACCCCAAGAGCCCCGAAUGCUUUUACCAGUGUGUUGGUGGAAUCACCUACAACCAACCAUGUCCACAAGGUUUGGUUUAUGUAAAACACUCAGAUAGUUGUGAAUAUCCCACUACAUCUACUACUACAACAACCACUACGACAACAGGCUGAAACAUAGUCAGUAAGUUAGCCAUAAUUUUUGGACUUUAAGUAAUAAAUUUCAAGUACAUUUCCAUGUAUUUUUAUCACAUUAGUUUAAGGUGAAAUAGUACAUUGAAGUAAUGCUUAAAACCUUGGUGAGAGAGAUUGAAAUAAUUAAGUAACUUGGGUCACAUUUUGUUGAAUCAGAGUUAUGCAAACUUGUGCAUAAAGGUUGUGUUAAUUUAAUUACUAAAUAUAAACUUAAGUUGACCUUUCACAUAAACUUUAUUUGUUAGUAUAAAUACACAUUGAAGAAGUUCCACCAUCCCUGAGUGGGAUGCAAACCAGGAAUCUUCUUGGUAUUAGGCACUGCACAAACCUCAACGUCAGCAUGUAAUACAUAUAUCAUCAUUUGUUUGUAACUGUCUGAUAUGACUUUAAUGCUGUCUAUCCUGGCCAGGACACUCAUGAAAAGGAGAUUUUUAAUCUCAAUGAGUUUUUCUCCUGGUUAAAUAUUUGAUUAAAAAAUUCUCUCAAAUUCUUUUAAUUGAUUUUAUGCAAAGCAUAUUCACAGUGGGUUUAGUAAUUAUUAUUUAAUAACAUUUGAACUGAUGAAAUUUAGUUACACUUUACUCAAAAAAAAAAGGUGCAUUGACAGUACUGAACAAAUUUAUUAGACCACCUGUCAUA